AAAAACAGGGGAUAGCGACUAUACAAUCUGCGUCAACCAGACCCGAGUUCGCUGGGCAGGCGAAACAAGCCUAGAUUUCGGCUCAGAAGGAAAGAUACUUUCGCUGCUGGCAAACUUCACCCGAAGGCCUUCUACUUAUAAAAAAAAAAACAUGUCAACAGUGCCACAUCCUUCUGAUUUUAACCUUACAAGGGUAGUGAUGAAUCAUACAGGAUACGUACAAUUUUGGCGCCGGGAUGAGAUCGGAGGAUGGGUGAUGGCAUGGAAGGAGCCAGCUGACGAAUGCAAGAUACAUAACUUCUGUGGAAACUUUGGCAGUUGCAAUAUGAAUAAUUCGCCAUACUGUAGGUGUUUGCCUGGAUUCGCUUCUAAGUCGCAAGGGGAGAAUCAGGUUCCAUCCUCUGAAGCUGGAGGUUGCUUCAGAAAAACAACAUCAUGCGGGCAAAACACGACAGCGUUCAUAGACUUGAAGAACGUGAAAGUGAGAAAAGCAGACAAAGCAGUCUACGCAGCGAAUCCAACAGAGUGCCAAUCUAAGUGCCUUAAUCCCAAUGGGUGCCCCAAUUGCACAGCUUAUUCAUAUGAUGCAUCAACAAAUUAUAGUAGGACGUUCUUAUCGUGUUCUAUUUGGACCGCUGAUUUGCCUACCCUUCAAGAGGAGAUUGAUACGGGUGUUAAUCUUUCUAUCCCGAUAAGUACACUAGAUAUAGAACCAACUCCAAGGACGUGCAAGCCUUGCGGUGUAUUCACAAUUCCUUAUCCGCUGAGCACCGAACCAAGUUGUGGUGAUCCCAUUUACUCUCAUUUUAAGUGCGACUCACCAACCGGGCUGCUUCAUUUCACAGUGGGAGAAGAGAGUUAUAGAGUUACUAACAUUGAUCCAGACGAGAGAUCGUUCUCUAUUCAAAUCAAAGAUUCGGAUAAUUGUGCUGCAAGCAGUCUAGGGCGUCCGCUCGAUCCGCCAUUUAGUUUGUCUCAACAGUGCGAUGGUGGGGCAAAGACAAUAAAGAUUAAUUGGGAUCCUCCAGGUGAACCUCCCUGUACUAAGUCCACAGACUGCGAGCGCUGGUCUCAUUCAACUUGCAAGGCAACCAGUAAUGGAAAUGGAAGAUGCCUCUGCGAUGAAAAAUAUCAAUGGAAUGGCCACAGUUUAAGCUGUACGCAAGAGCCUCCAAGAAGAAACAGCUCUAGAGUUUUGAUAUUAGCGGUGACACUUUCAACCUUGAUUUUCUUGGCCUGCAUUAUAACUUCUGCUUACAUUUGGAGAAGAGUAGCCUCUAAUCAAGAAAAGGGAGAAAAUCAAAGAACGAGAGAUGUCCUACAUGACAACGAGAGAUAUAUCAAAGAUUUCAUAGACGCCGAGAGGACAGAGGAAAAGGACGGUGAAGGGAUAGAGGUACCUUAUAUGGAUUUUAAUAGCAUCCUUUUAGCCACGGAUAACUUCUCAGAUGUGAACAAGCUUGGACGUGGGGGUUAUGGACCUGUGUACAAGGGCAAGCUUCAAGGAGGUCAAGAUAUUGCAGUAAAGAGGCUUUCAAGUGUUUCUUCACAAGGAAUGAAGGAAUUCAAGAAUGAAGUUGUCUUGAUAUCCAAACUUCAACAUCGGAACCUUGUUAGACUUUUGGGCUAUUGCAUUACAGGACAAGAAAAAAUAUUACUUUAUGAAUACAUGCCAAACAAGAGCUUAGACACAUUCUUAUUUGAUCGUACACGAAGAGUGAUUUUGGAUUGGCCAAUGCGUUUUGACAUAAUUUUAGGAGUUGCUAGAGGAAUGUUAUAUCUUCAUCAAGACUCUAGAUUGAGAGUGAUUCAUAGAGAUUUGAAAAUUAGUAAUAUUCUUUUGGAUGAGGAGAUGCAACCAAAAAUUUCAGAUUUUGGACUUGCAAAAAUAUUUGGAGGCAAGGAAAUUGAGGCCAACACUGAAAGAAUAGUUGGAACUUAUGGAUACAUGGCUCCAGAGUAUGCAUUGGAUGGAUUUUUCUCGAUUAAAUCAGAUGUUUUCAGUUUUGGGGUUGUAAUGCUUGAAAUUAUCAGUGGAAAAAAGAACACGGGAUUCUUUCAAUCCAAACAAACUUCCAGCCUUCUGGGUUAUGCAUGGAGGCUAUGGACGGAGAAUAACCUAUUGGAUUUAAUGGAUCGAUCUUUGAAUGAAAGUUGCAAUGCAAAUCAAUUCAUCAAGUGUGCACAAGUAAGUCUAUUGUGUGUGCAAGAUGAACCAGGAGACAGGCCCACCAUGUCGCAAGUAUUAAUAAUGCUUGAAAGUGAGACUGCAAGCCUUCCAACUCCAAAGCAACCGACCUUUUUUAUGAGCAGUAGCAGGGGCCUUUCUAGCUCUGCUUCUUCUUCCAGUAGACCUGAAGGAAUUCUUCCUACUGACAGUACCUAUCAACAAGGUCGGUAAUGAAGAUUGGAUUACAUUGGAUCCUGUCGGAAAACCAAAAACUAACUUGUCAUUGAAAUUCUAGCACGCUUGUGUGAAAGGCCAUUCAUUCUUAGAGGACCUAGAUCAGCUGACAUCUGGUAUGAAAAUACCAUGCAAAUAUCAGUUAGGCAUAUGUUUGAAAUCUGCUGGUGCGAUUAUUUGAAGAUGAAAUAUGUUGAUAGUUGAGGUA